AUCUUAAAAGUCAUAAUUAAAAAAUGGAACGGUGUAAGUAUUCAUCCAGUGCCAUUGCUCUCCUUAUCCGAUACAUCUCGGUGAGGAACAGCGUCUUCUUCGAUGGGCUGCGCCCACACCAGCUGGCCCUGCGCGCGCGCGCCCAUGGCCGCAACCACCACCUCCACAACCAGCUCCGGUUGGAGCUCCCUCAAACGCGAAUCCAUCUCCUUCCACAAACCCAUCCUCGUAUGCUGCAUCGACGGUCCCGCGGACUUCUCCGCCUCAUCGUCCUCCGCACGAUCAUACAGCCGUCGCUGGUACAAUCCCCUCAGAAGAAGGAGACCGCUCGAUCAGUCUCUGGAGAUUGUCCGCCAUUGGGUGGAGUCUGGUCUGCCCCUUUCUCCACGUGAGAGAUUUACGGUUGUGUCCUACAACAUUUUGGGUGAUAGUAAUGCUUCAAAACACAGAGAUCUGUACUCAAAUGUUCCUUCACUUUACAUGAAGUGGAACCAUCGGAAGCAGGUCAUAUGUGAAGAACUUAUUGGAUGGAACCCAGAUAUAAUAUGCUUGCAGGAGGUGGAUAAGUACUUCGAUCUUGCAAACAUCAUGAUAAAAGCAGGAUACAUUGGUUCUUAUAAGAGACGGACGGGCAAUGCUGUUGAUGGUUGUGCUAUGUUUUGGAAAGCUGAUAAAUUUCGGUUAUUAGAGGGAGAGAGUAUUGAGUUUAAGGGAUUUGGUCUUCGUGAUAAUGUCGCCCAGCUUUCUGUUUUUGAGAACCUAUCAUUGGAGAAGACGAUUGGCAGUGAUAAGGAAUAUGAGAGAGACUCUACUACUUUGAGGAGGCUACUGCAGACGUGUAAGGCUGAAUCAAGGAGGGUACUCAUUGGUAAUCUACAUGUGCUUUACAACCCAAGCCGAGGGGAUGUUAAAUUAGGUCAAAUUCGUCUUCUUUCAUUGAAGGCUCAUAUCCUUUCAAAGAAAUGGGGUAAUGUACCCGUUGUGCUUGCUGGUGAUUUCAACAGCACUCCUCAGAGUGCAAUUUACAAAUUCUUGUCAUCAUCUAAGUUGAAUAUUUUGUUAUACGAUAGAAGAAAACUAUCGGGUCAAAGAAGUUGUCAUCCAACCCAAGCUUUUGGUGUCAAAAGAGAACUAAGGAGUCCUUUUAUUUUGAUGAACAGUCUUUUAAAUUUUUGGACUGAUGAAGAGGUUAAAGUUGCAACUGGCAAUGCCGGUUGUGAAGUAGCCACACAUCCUUUACAGCUCAACAGUUCCUAUGCCACAGUGGAGGGUUCUUUGAGAACUAGGAACUCCAACGGUGAGCCUUUGGCAACAUCCUACCACUCAAAAUUUCUUGGAACUGUUGACUAUUUGUGGUAUUCAGAUGGUCUUGUACCAGUAGGAGUUCUAGAUACUCUUCCAAUUGAAAUUCUUAAGAGGACAGGUGGCCUUCCAUACAAGAAACUGGGCAGUGAUCACUUGGCCUUGGUUUCUGAGUUUGGCUUUGCUUAAGAAGCUGAAGAAGACGACAACUAUUACCUCUCGGGCACAUGUAUGAAAACAACAUCAGUGCUAGACAUGUCCACAUCUGGAAAGGAUGAGGAUUCAAGUAUAACAGACAUAUAUUAGGUCAACCGUAAAAUUGCUAGGAAGAUGUUCAAAUUGAUUCACAUGGUGUUUAGAAAAACGAAUUUAGAGUUCAGAACUUGAAGUCAAGUGAAUUUGGCUAUUUUUCAAUACAAAAUUAUCUGAGGUUUUAUUCAUA